CACAGAGAUCAGCGUCCGCCAUUACGCGUGUCUCUGACCGCGCACGGUGUGUUUACGAGCAAAACCAAGCUGAAUGUGGACCCACAGCUCUCCUGCACUUAGAUCAAGACCCUCGCGUCAGUCGGUUUCCAGACACCGGUGAUGUCGCGGUGAGCUUAGUGUCGGUAAGCGCGCGUAAAGCUGUUCGCGCUCCCGGUCUGUGUUUCCGGUGUCGUCACCGUCUGUCGGGCGCGCGCCUGUAAAACGCAGGAGUCUGAGAGCUGUAAAUCAUUAUCAUCAACAUCUCAUCCUGCGAUGUGACGCGUCGGCCGUCAUGCGGAGGGAGCGGAACAGCGCGUCUGCUCACGCGUUUCUCCCGCGCUCCUGCUCAUUCGCGCCAUGACUGAGCUGUUUUCCCGCCUUUCUGUUUCCGUGAUGUCGGACCACAGUUGUCCAGAGGAGGGCGCUAUCCGCAUCAAUGUGGGUGGCUUCAGGCGGCGGAUGCUGUCCGACAGACUGUCCCGCUUCCCUGAGACCCGUCUGGCCCGGCUGCUGCGCUGCGGCUGCAGAGAGUCUGCACUGGAGCUCUGCGACGACUACGAUGAGUCUGAGCGGGAGUUUUACUUCGACCGGAACCCGGCGCUGUUCCCUUACGUGCUGCACUUCUACAACACCGGCCGGCUGCACGUGAUGGACGAGCUCUGCAUCUUCUCCUUCAGCCAGGAGAUGGAGUACUGGGGCAUCGACGCGCUGUUCCUGGACGCCUGCUGCAGCGCCACCUACCACUGCCGCCGCAUGGAGCCCGCCAGGGAGCGCAGCGAGCAGCACAGCACCGCCUCCUCUGUAGAGCAGAUGCUGGAGCUCUACAGUGCCGCUGGUAGGUUCGAGACACAGCCGUUGGGCAGGCUCCGCCGCAGGGUGUGGCUGACUCUGGAUCACCCCGGGUACUCCGCCUGCAGCCGGCUGCUGAGCGCGCUGUCUGUGCUGGUGCUGCUGGCCUCCAUCGCCUGCAUGUGUCUGAACAGCAUGAGUGAGUUUGCGCUGCGUGACGCCACCGGCGGCCUCCACGAGGACCCGCGUUUCGAGACGGUGGAGCGCCUGGGCAUCGGCUGGUUCACCCUGGAGCUGCUGGCCAGACUCGCUGCGGCUCCAGACCUGCGGCGCUGCCUCCUGCAGCCACUCACGCUGAUCGACCUGCUGUCUGUGCUGCCCUUCUACCUGGCGCUGCUGCUGCGGCUGGCGGAGAGCUGCCCGCUGGUUAACCUAGGCCGCGCGGCGCAGGUGCUGCGGCUGAUGCGGGUGCUCCGCGUUCUGCAGCUAGUGCGCCACUCCACGGGCCUGCGCUCGCUCGGUGCCACCCUGGCCCACAGCCUGCAGGAGGUCGGCCUGCUGCUGCUGUACCUAGCCGUGGGCGUCUGCUUCUUCUCCGUCAUGGCCUACACCGUGGAGCAGGAGGACAGCGAGGGCCUAGGCAGCGUCCCCGCCAGCUGGUGGUGGGCCACCGUCAGCAUGACCACCGUGGGCUACGGAGACGUGGUGCCCGCCUCUGCGCUGGGCAAGCUGACGGCCGCAGCCUGCAUCCUGGCGGGCAUCCUGAUGGUGGUGCUGCCCAUCACGCUGAUCUUCAACAAGUUCUCUCUGUUCUAUAAGAGGCAGCAGCGUCUGGAGCUCCUGGUGCGCCGCUGCCCGCUGGACACUGGCCUGAAGGUGGCGCCGGCGCUCCGGCUGACGGAUUACUACACACAUAAGAUGAAGAGUCUGAUGGCCAGCCUGACCAACAUGAGCCGCAGCGAGCACAGCGACCACAGCCUGGAGCUCACACUGCACUAGCUGCAGACUCGAGUGUGCGUGCGUGUGUGUGUGUGCCUGCCUGCGUGCGUGUCUGUCUCUCUAUGGGUGAGAGAGUGUGUGUUUGUUGUUUGUGGAUGAGAGAGCUUUUGUGUGUGUGUGUGUGUGUGUGUGUGUGUGUGUGUGUGUGUGUGUGUGUGUGUUUCUGAAUUGGGGAACGGUGGACUCUGAUCUUAAUAACUCAUACACAUGCACAUUUACACACACACACACACACACACACACACGCACACAAACUUUCCCACACAGACACACACACUUUCUCUGUCUCACACUCACAAACUCACUCUCUCUCUCACACACACACACACACGCACACACACACACAAGCUUGUUCUCACACACAAACUCUUACACACAUUCAUACACAUGCACACAAGUUCUUUCUCACACACACACACACACACACACACACACACACACACACACACACACACACAGAUCAGCAGGGUUCAUAUGUGUGUGUUUUCAGCUUCCCCUGUGUACACUCUAACAUACACCAGGCUGUUUAACCCAGCAUUGGGUCAGCUAGUAUGACUCCAAACUGAAGUCAUUUCUCAACUCAGUUUAACUGACACUGUUAACCCAUCUUCUCCAAAUUUGACCCAACGCUGGGUUAAAACAGUCAAACAUGUUUGUCAGUGUGUGUUCAGUAUCAGUGUUAUUCAGUCUGAUAAACCUGCUGGGUUGUUAGAGUUAAUCACAGUAAUGAUCUCCCUUCAGCACAGGAGCAGGAGAUCAGCGCAGUACAGUCAGAGCAGCUGAGGAUAUCAGUAUAUAUGCACACAGCUAAUCUGAGUGUGUGUGUGCGUGUGUGUGUGUGUGUGUUUAUCAUCAUACACCAUAAUGAACUGAUCUGAUCAAUACAAUAAUUAGGAAUAAUCUGUGUAUAGCCUUCAAGACCUUCAGUCCACGAUCCAACCGCUGGGUUAAACAGGUGUUUUGAUGAACCCAAUGAGUUGUACUUGUUUUUGUAUAGAGAGAAUUGUUGAUGUUUUAGGACCCCUGCUGAAAAAUCCAGCUUAAACCAGCCUAGGUUGGUUGGCUGGUUUUAGCUGGUUGACCAGUCUGGUUUUAGAGGGG